AUUCAUCCUGCUUAAUACUUGUAUUUGCUUUAUGGUAUCAGAGCCUGCAAUUCAUUGAAUUGCUUCGGUCAUUUUUUUUCUUCUUUUCUCAAAUGGGAGACCAUGCCAAUAGCUCAUCUCAUUCUGCUGGUGUUAUUCCUACGAAUAACUCUCCCACCCCACAAUUAAUCUUCUUAAAUGCCUCAUCUCAAAUUCCAAUUAAACUUUCCAAUGAUGGAAGCAAUUACUCAUCAUGGAAAUCUCAAAUGACUAAUCUCCUCUUUGGCUAUGACCUGCUAGGCUAUGUCGAUGGUUCUACUCCAUGUCCUGAUAAAUCUGCACCUAAUCUCAGCUUCUGGAAUCGUCAGGACCGCCUUGUUCUCCUGGCACUUCAAUCAACGGUUUCUGGCCCGGUAGGCCCCAUCAUCAAUAGCUGCCAGACCUCAACGGAAGCAUGGGAGAAACUUGAAUCCAGCUUUGGCAAUACAUCCAUCACCAGGAUGCUCUCACUGCACAACAGCCUAGCCACCACAAAGAAAGCUGGAAAAUCCGUUACAGAAUACAUGGGAAUUAUGGAAGGGUUAGUUGAUGAUCUUGCCACUAUUGGUCACCCCGUCUCAUCCGGCCAAGUCAUGUCAUAUGUUCUCAAUGGCUUUGGGCAAGAAUAUAAGGAAACAAUUUCUGCUCUCCGAAUUCAGCCAACGCCUCUCACGCUUUCCACCCUUCGUCAUCAUCUCCAACAAGCUGAAAUUCUGGCCGGUGACAACCCCGACACCUCUAUAUCUGUCCAGUAUUCUGUUUUUAAUAAUUUUCGUGCACUCAUUGAAAAUUAUUUUAAAACCACUAUUAAAACCUUGUAUACCGACGGCGGCGGGGAGUUUACUGCACUCACACCCUUAUUAUCCCACCAUGGCAUACAACAUCUUAAAUCACCACCCUACACACCCGAACAUGUCGGCUCUGCCGAACGCAAACACCGACAUGUCGUUGAAACUGCUUUAGCACUCAUACUUCAAGCUAAGGUUCCCCUCUAUUACUGGCCGUAUGCCUUUAAACAUGCCACUUAUCUUAUCAACCGCAUGCCCACUCCUACUCUCCAAAAUGAUACCCCUUAUCACAAAUUAUUUGGGGAUAUGCCUCACUAUUCCUCUCUAAAAGUAUUUGGAUGUUUAUGCUAUCCCUGGAUGCGCCCCUAUACCAAACAUAAACUUCAACCUCGGUUUGAAUCAUGUGUAUAUCUUGGUUUUUCUACCACCCACCAUGCUCAUCAAUGUUUACAUUCUCAAACCCGUCGUAUAUAUCUCACUCGCCAUGCACUUUUCUUUGAAAAAUAUUUUCCAUACAAUUCCCCAAAUUCCCUACCUCCCUCCUCUGACUAUAGCCAUAGUCUACGUACCUUUAUCUCUCAGCUGAAAUCCAUGCCUUUAUCAGUAUCACCUACUGCCUUGGCCAACCCAUCUUCAACCGAUAACACCAUUUUUCAUUCCACUGUCAUCCCGCUUCCAUCUCAGGUUCCCCAGCCAGUCUCCACCCCACACAAUCCUACUACCUCAUCUCUCACACCCACACAUUCACCAUCACCUUCUACUAUCCAUUCUCCUUUUUCAGAACACUCACCCUCCCCUCCCACCUCAACGUCCACGCCGUCGGUAUCACCCAGCAGUUCCACUUCAGUACCCAGCCCACCUCCGGUCCAGCCCCACAGACCAGUCACUCGUUCUCAGAACCACAUUGUCAAACCCAAUCCUAAGUAUAAUUUCCAUACCACUACCUCUUCCAUUCCUGUAGCCCCCACGUCCUACAAACAAGCAUCCUCACAUCCUGAGUGGCGUCAAGCCAUGAUGGAUGAGUAUGCUGCCCUUGAGAAAAACAACACUUGGUCACUAGUUCCUCCGUCUCCUCUGCAAAACGUUAUAGGAUGUAAAUGGGUGUAUCGGGUCAAACAAAAUCCAGAUGGUUCCCUUGCUCGCUACAAAGCACGGCUCGUUGCCAAAGGAUUUCAUCAACGCCCAGGGGUUGACUUUACUGACACAUUCAGUCUGGUUGUAAAACCGGCAACUGUCCGCCUAGUUCUCACUCUUGCUAUUAUACAUUGUUGGCCUAUUCGCCAACUCGAUGUGAACAACGCUUUUUUGCAGGGUACCUUAUCUGACAAGGUUUAUAUGCAGCAACCUCCAGGCUUUAUUAACAAAGCUUAUCCUCAUCAUGUGUGUCUUCUCCGAAAAGCGUUAUAUGGACUUUGUCAAGCACCUAGGGCUUGGUACUGUGAGCUCAAAACCUAUCUGUUGCAGUUUGGUUUUCUCAAUAGCCGCAGUGAUACCUCUUUAUUUAUCUACUCUUCUGGCAGCACACUAUUAUUCUUGCUUGUAUACGUCGAUGAUAUAAUUCAAACUGGGAACGACUCUAGGUUUCUGGAAUCCUUUAUAUCAGCAUUAGCAGGUCGCUUUAGCCUUAAAGACCUUGGCUCUCUAUCUUACUUUCUUGGUCUUGAGGCUUCACGGACCUCCAGCGGCUUAUUUCUCACCCAACACAAAUACAUCUCUGACCUACUCUCACGAACGGGCAUGAACUCGGCUGCACCCACACCAACUCCAGUGUCUCCAAAUGAUUCUCUCUCUGGUUGAUGCAUCAUCUCCUCAUGAUGCAACUGAAUAUCGGAGUAUUCUUGGUGCUCUUCAAUAUUUGUCCUUUACUCGGCCUGAUAUCAGUUUUAUAGUUAAUAAACUUGCUCAAUUCAUGCACUGUCCGACUACAAAACAUUGGCAAGUUGUGAAGAGGGUAUUACGCUACCUUCGUGGUACUGCUAAUUUUGGCAUAUUCAUCUCUGCUAAGACUCCUUUCUCUCUUCAUGCUUUUGUCGAUGCUGAUUGGGCAGGGGAUUCUGACACAUGUCGCUCUACUUCUGCAUAUGUUGUGUUUAUUGGAUCAAACCCCAUUAGAUGGAGUUCCAAAAGGCAAGCCACUGUUGCACGCUCAUCCACGGAGGCCGAAUAGCGUGCCAUCGCCUCAGUAUCUGCUGAAUUAGAAUGGCUUCGCAACCUCCUUUCUGAGCUUCAUUUUCCACUACGCUCGGCUCCAACAGUGUUCUGUGAUAACUUAAGUGCCACUUAUGUAUGUGCAAAUCCUGUUUUUCACUCGCGAAUGAAACACGUUGCCAUUGACUUUCACUUUGUUCGUGAACAAAUUCAAAAAGGUCAACUGCGUGUCACACAUGUUCAUACUCAGGAUCAACUUGCUGACUCUCUCACCAAGCCACUUGCUCGACAAUUAUUUCAAUCUCAUCGCUCCAAGCUUGGUAUUCUUCCCAGACCACCUCGCUUGCGGGGGCAUGCUAAAGUAUAAAAUAUAAAUAUUAUUAACUCUUGUAUUUAUCCAUCCGGCCUGGUGUGUUUAUCUGUACACCUACUUGUAUUUAUCAUAUGUAACAAACCCAAGUGUACAUCCUACUAUUUAGGAUCUAGCAACUACUCUCACGUGAGUAUAUGUGUACAUGGCUAUAUAUACAUAGCAGACCAUUCAAUGAAUAAUAAGAUAAAUCAUUC